AUGGCACCCGUCGCUACUGCAGAGAUUGCCCCGGUUUUCAACAAUGCUCGAGAUGGCAUGGCACUGGAAGAGCUGUCUGACGCCAUUGAUGAAGUGAAUGUUCUCAAGACCAACUUGAAGGAGAAGGAAGUCCAAGAGAAGGGACUAUAUGAAGAGUCAGCAUUCGACAAGGAAAAGAACAAGACCAACUUCCGCCAGUAUGAAGACGCUUGUGACCGUGUGAAGAACUUUUACAAAGAGCAACAUACCAAGCAAACCGUCGCAUACAACCUCAAAGCCCGCCACGACUUCCAAAGCAAGACCCGUGCCGAGAUGACCGUGUGGGAAGCAAUGGAGAGGCUCAACACACUAAUCGACGAAUCAGACCCAGACACUAGCCUUUCCCAAAUCGAGCACUUACUGCAGUCAGCGGAGGCCAUCCGUCGAGACGGAAAGCCGCGCUGGAUGCAGGUGACUGGACUGAUCCACGACCUGGGCAAGUUGCUUUUCUUCUUCGAUGCCCAGGGCCAGUGGGAUGUAGUCGGAGAUACCUUCCCCGUCGGCUGCGCCUUCGACGAGCGUAUCAUCUACGGUCGUGACUCCUUCCGCGAGAACGAAGACUUUGGCCACUCGGUCUACGACACUAAGUUUGGCAUCUACAGCCCUGGCUGUGGCCUUGAUAAAGUCAUGUUGUCCUGGGGUCAUGAUGAGUACUUAUACAACAUUGUCAAGGAGCAGUCUACCCUGCCUGCUGAGGCUCUUGCCAUGAUUCGCUAUCACUCUUUCUACCCAUGGCACAAUGCUGGCGCUUAUCAUGAGCUGAUGGAUGAGCAUGACAAAGAAAUGCUACGUGCUGUGAAGGCCUUCAAUCCCUAUGACCUGUACAGCAAGAGUGAUGAUGUUCCUAGUGCGGAGGAGCUAAAGCCUUACUACAUGGAGCUCAUUGAUGAGUACUUCCCUAACAAAGUCAUCCGAUGGUGA